AUGCUUGUGAAAUGCACAGAAGUCUUAAAAUCACGAUGUGGCGAUCCAGAUAUGGCCAUGGACUAUUCUCAAGUGAUUGAAACUGCCUGUCUUACCGGACCCCCAAAAAUGGCGAAAUACGCUACUAUCGCGAAGCGCACCGUAAAAAUAUCCUGUUUCAUCAAGGAGGUGGCAUUCUGCUCGGUAUUUAUCCUAUUCGCUGGGUACUAUUUACGACAGUUGGUAAGCUAUUACUGCCCAGAGUUAGAUUGGACAAUAAGGCACUGGACCGCUGUAAUGAGCAUUCCCGCUCUUGCGAUGGCUUGCAUCAGAAAUCACGAGCAUUUGCACAGCUUGUCCUACCUGGCGAGCAGCAUCAAAGCUAUCAGCUUGGUAGUGCUCUUCAUUUACAUCUUCAAGGAGGACUUGCCGCAUGUAGACGAGCGGCCAGCAUUUUCUGUAGCUACUCAUUUACUACUUUAUUAUGGAACAGUGAUUUUCGCUUUCGAGGGCGUCACUCAAGUUCUGCCCUUACAUGACAAUAUGCGAACAACGAGACACUUUCGAAAAUGGAACGGAGUCCUCAAUACGGGAAUGGUUUUUAUCGGUUGCCUUUACUUUACCCUUGGCUUCUACGGCUAUCUAAAAUACGGAGAAGACACUUAUCCCAGCAUUACCAUGAAUUUGCCCAAAGAUGAAAUGUAA